UUCUAGAUAUGUUUUGGGAUUUCUUUACAACUGAUCAUUGGAUGUGAUGAAUAGUGGUGACACCUGUUUUUGUUUUGUAAGCAGAUAAGUCUGAAGGGCAUCAAGGAUUGUAUGAAGUAUCUAUAUGCUUGAGGAAAAUCAGUGUCCUGAAACCAUCAACCACAUUAUCCAUCUCAUACAAGACAAUUCCUGUCUAACAGGGAAUCGUCUAUAGGAUCUAGUAGGAAAUAACAGGAAGAUCACUGAUCCUUCAACUGUCCCGAACAGGAAAGGAACUCUUGAUAGCUGAGGGGGACUUUAGAAGAUUAGUCUUUGUGUGCAACUGUUGACAUUUAUAGAUGAUUGAAUAAGUUUGUGGAUUUAUGUGUAGAUGUGUCUUAUCCAGGGUGUUGGAUCAACGAUAAGGAGAAAAUAAAAGACAGAAGAGAAAAAUAAUAGAGGAUUGAACACUGUUGAAGAAAGUUUAUUUGUUGGAUUCUGUGUAAAUAGAGAUGCAGUUUGACUGAAGAUCAUAACCAGUGGAAGAUUCACAUUUCUAUGAAGAAUCGGAUGAAAGUUCUGUGAUCGGCCAUCAUGAGCACGAAUUCUUUUGGGGCCCCUCGAGCGAUGCCCCCCGCUACACCCAGUCAAACUUACGAGACAAUAAUGCCCUCCACGGAGGGGAUCAACACCACCACUCCAGGGGAACGAGUGAUCGCCCGCCCUCGAACUUGUGAUGAGAUUAGUGCUGAGUAUGACAUUGCGUUAGCUGUGAUUUGUUCCAUGUGUUUCAUUUUUGGAAUCGUGUAUACAUUUUUUGGGUACCGUUUCUUCAAGGCCGUAAUGUUCCUGACCGGCUUCAUCUUCACAUCCGUCCUCGCAUACCUGAUUCUUUCCCAGCAUUCCCUACUACCCAUGGAGGGAAACAUUGGCGUGGCCCUGGGGGCGGGGCUACUAAUCGGACUUGUGACAAUGUUAGUGCAGUAUGUGGGACUUUUCUUCACAGGAUUUCAGCUGGGAGCAGCUCUAGGUGUCGUGAGUCUCAUCAUUGUGGACUUCUUUGUCAUUAUCCCUAUCCACUGGAUCAGGAUAGGGGUGAUCUGUGGACUAGGUCUAGUGUGUGCAAUAGUGACCCUAAAAUUCCAGAAGGGGGGUAUGAUUCUGGGGACCAGUGUGUUUGGUGGGGCCCUGAUGGUGGCCUGCCUGGAUUAUUUUAUAGAACAGUUUGCCAUGGUGACGUUUGUAUGGGGACAGGUGACAGGGGUGUCCUCAGGACUUGUGUGCUGGUAUUCGUGGGUGCUGCUGGGCUGCUGGCCGUUCUGUUUCCUGGUGGGGGCCGUGACUCAGUGGAGGAUAACGGGACAGGGAUACGACCAUAAUGAAGUUCUGCCCAGUAAGAGAGUUAAGAAAGCCAAUCUCCACCAGGCGAGGAAAAAAGAGCGAGUGGACAGUCAACACACGAGAUACAGACACCUGUACCAGGCUCGCCGAGCUCCCGGUGAUGUUCUAUCUCAGACGUAUAUCCAGACCAUGACUCAAAAGAUGUCCCCAGCAACAAAACGUAAGGACCAUAUAGCCAUUCCCACAGAGCCCAGCUUAACCGAACUAGACAGCACUAAUACGACCUUGACCCAGGUGCCAUAGAAUAUAUACAUAGGUGGAUCCAGGAAUUUAAUGAACCUCAUAUUCAUGAUGAACAUGUUACCAGAUACAAACAAAAUAGACAGCAAAAUCUGAAGUUUUGUUUGGAUCAGAAUAUGAAUGAUUCAGUUAUUUUUAUUAUGAAUGCAAUGGAUCCAAAUAUAAACUUGCCAAAAGAAUUGCAAGUUUUUUGUGGGUGGAUCAAGGUUCAAAACAAAAAGGACACAGUAUUAUGGCCGACUUUUCGAGUUAUGAGGAGAAGCUGUCUCACGCUGCAAGAAGAAUGUCUUAAUUUAUAGACUAGUGCCAUAAGGAUAGACAGUGUACUAAAGCUAGGGGAGCUCCAGCAAUCGUUCUUCUUUGAAUCCCGAGGAAAAAUGCAAUGAGUUCAGAAUGGGCUUGAUCUCACAUGCGCAAUGAAGAGAUUUUUCUUUCUUUGUUUUUUUUUAAUUCCAGUGUUAUUUUUUUUAAUGAUUUCGGUUCAUCUGAACUUUUUUGUUUGCAUUCUUACCAGUAUGCCUGUGCUAUAAAUUAUACAUGCAAUGUCAUUUGAAUAAAUAAACAUGCAUGUUUAUUUUCAUGAUGUUUGAAAUGGUUUGCAAAAGGAUGAGUAUAAUUUGAUUAUAUUCAAUAUACAUGAGAAAGAAGCAAAUUGAAUAGUGAAAUGUUUGUAUAACUAGCAUCCUCAGCUUAAAGCUUUUAUCAUGAAUGUUUUGAACAGAACAAUUGCUUCCUGCGGGGCUUUUUCAUCAUUCUCAUGUACAGCUUUAUAAUGUAUAUUAUAAAUGAAUUACAUUGUAUAAAUGAAUCUCAUAAGUGACCGAAAUGAACUUUUUUUCUCUUUCAUUAAUAUGUUUUAGCUUUUAUGUUGGAUUUCUACCAGAAAGAUACAUAUGUGCAUUUCCUAAAUUGUAAUUAUUUUGUUGUGUAUUGAAUGAAAGGGAAAUAAUGCUUACUAUUUUUUUUAAUUUUUUUGAUUUAUGGAUUUUAUGAUGGUACAAGUUGCGUGGAAUGGACUUACUGAUUAUAAGUUUUGAAAAAAAGGAAAUGCUUAAAAUGAAGAACACUUGAACCCUUACUUAUAUAUAAUCAUGUUUUAAAAAAGUUCUUCUAAAAACAUUGUUUUCAUUUUACUUUUUUUCAUAAUUAUAGCAGCCUUUCAAUUUUAAAUAUAUUUUGAAGUAAGCUGCAUGCUUUUGUUUAUGAAUUUUUCUUUCUUCCCUUCUGUUUUGAUUUUUUUAAGGUUAAUGAGCAAUGUCUUUUUAGGGUUUUACAUAUAAUUAUAAUUAUUAAAUGUACAAUUUUUGCCCUACUUCUUAAGAAAUCAGUUUAUUCAAAGACAAUGUAACUGAUGAUGGUUUCAUCUAUACAUUACUUAUCAGGGUAUAGUCAUAUGUUUGCUGUCCACAUUCAAAUUAAUUAGCUUUACGUUUCAUGUUUGUAGACCUUGUUUAAUAUUGUUGAUGGAUUUAACUUAGCUGCAGGGAAAACUUAACUGUUGUGAAAGUAUUGCUAUGCAAGUUGGCAUUGUGUUUGUUUUACCAAGUCAGUUUGUAUGUUAUAAUGUUGACAAAUAGAAUAAAACUGAAAAGACAUUUAA